GAUCUUACACCGGAGAAUUUUCAAUGUAACAGCACACGAGAUUCCCAGGAUACAGUUUCUGUGAGUUUAGUUUAUACUUCUGUCUGAAAUUUAAUGGAGGGAUGAUACAAAUCCAAAGCAAUAGGAUGAUAUAUGGAUCACGCAAAGGGUAAAUUGGCCAUGAGGUCACCAUAUUCAUCAUUGUUCUUUAUGGCUCUGGAGGCUUUAAAAAUUAUGUCACUAUUCGAUUUUCUGCAUGGCCUUUUCUAUUCUCAACGCUUUCCUACGUUCAAAUAUUCGAGUAUUCCUCAUACUAACAAGACCGUUAUCACCCUCUUAUAGAGUUCUAUGCCCAAGCACGCUUCCUCACAUAGCACAGGGAAGAAUCGAGUAGUGCAACCUAACCCUUCGAUUAAUGUUUCAACAACAAUUCUGCCGAACAACGUGUUUGCCAAAGCCUGAGGUUGUGGAUAUGUUGUUGAGGUCUAUUCUAGCGGCGUUAACACAAGGAGAGAAUCUCUCCAAUACAUUUAGACCUGCCCAUUUGAUCAAUUCCAUUCAAUCUUUCUAUCGCGCACGCGCAUCUGGUCCAGAAGAGACUGGGAAUUUAUCAUUUCUAUUUUCCAAUCUAUUCGGGCAGGAUGUUCUCGCCGAUACUCGAAUUCAGGAUCGAGAUGACAAGAGUUAUUGUAUAUUUGAAGAAGUCGAUAGAGCUUAUUACAAAGAGGGGUGGCGUCUUAAUACACCUACUUCCUCCGAACCUUAUGAGUGCUACUGUGGCAAGUUAUUCCCCAAACUAGAAGCUCUAAGAAAACAUUUCAUACCCACAGCCCUUGUCAAUUCAUCGCAUGCCUAGAGCCCAAUUGUUCACCCCUAUCUCUUCGACUCGACAGCAUGAAAAAGCAUCUUGAAGUCCACAGCAUAUAUAUACGACGUCUUCGACCUGACGAGCAACACCAAAUAGAGCAACAGCUUCAAUAAAACACCUUUUUAACACCUGAUUGUACUCACGAUCGUUGUUUUGUUGAAGGAUGCAAUCGACAAUUUCCUCGUCACGAUAUAAAUGCUUGUAGGGAGAGUCAAGCGCAUAUUCUUGGUCAUUAUAAGAAUAAAAAUUCUUUACCCCAUUCUUUUAGACAUAUAUGCUCGAAUGAGGAAUUUUGCAAUGGGAAAGAGGCUUGGAGGAAAAGUGUACAUGUUACCGGAGAAUGGAUUCAAGAGCUGGAUGGGAUGGAUAUUGAUGAUCUAGAGGAAGAUCUAUGAUGGGGAGAUGGGAAGAUGAAUAGGCGUUUCGUUAUGUGCGAUGCACAUGUAGGAUUUUCAAAUGCAACGAUACGAAAGAUAGUGUGGGAUUUUUGAGGAGGUUGGAAAUUAGGUGGAGGAUUCUGAGAGAUGGGAGUCAUUCUACGGUUAUGAGAUUCAGAUUUACGACAUGGUCAUUUUUAUUAACAAUUAACUAUGUAAACGC